UACUGUUGGUAAUAAAACACUGCCUGCCUGCAAAACCCCAAAAAUUCAAAACCUUAAACCUGGGGCCUCCACCACCUCUCUGCAUACAUGAAAUCGUAGAUGCAACCAUGUUUAGAUACGUGCAAUGCUGUUGAUUUCUUCUAGGGUUUCCUCUUUCGUUCUUGAUGCCGAUCGUUAAAGGGUUCCGACGUUUUCACUCGAAUAUUGUUUCAUCCAGACAAGUUGCUACUGAGAUAUCGAAUUUGGUAUCUGAAUCAAAUGUUGAGCAGUCUGGAACGUCUUCUGCUGCUCCCUUAAAUACUAAAAGACCAAUCAGGAAAAGGGUUAAUCAUACUGAGCGGAGAGCGAUGUUGGAAUCUUUCGUCAACAGGUACAGAGCUAUGAAUCUGGGAAAGUUUCCUUCUCCUACAACUGCACAAAAAGAAGUUGGCGGUGGUUACUAUUCAAUCAAAAAACUGCUUCAGGAGAUGGAAUAUAAUAUUGAAAAGAAAGGCCCUACAGAGGAGAACAUAAAACAUGUGGAGAAAGGCCCUGCAAGUCAAGAGACAUCACACGGUCAAACAACCGAGAAAGCCCCUGCAAGCCAAGAGACAUCACACAGUCAAACAACCGAGAAAGAGACAUCAAACGGUCAAACAACAAUUGACCAAAAUCUUUGUGAAGAUCCUGGGCUGGAAUCUGGAAGCAAUAAUGACAAAAACAUCGACACUGGAAACAACAAUAUUACGAGAGAUGAUACUCAAAACAUUACAACUAAAAGUGAUGAGAAGCCAGAGCAGAAUCCAAGUGAUGAUAAUUUCGCCUUUAAGGAUCCGGAGUCACAAGUUGAACAACAACCAGAAGGGACAAGAAACGCAGUGAGGGACAAGGGAGAAGAAGACAAUGAGUUGAGAGAGAAAUCAUCAUUAUGGGGAAAUUUGAAGUUGAUGGCAAAUGAUUUUUUUAACAUGUGGAAGAAAUAGUUGAAGGAAGAUACAAGUCAAAGGCAUCAUAAUCCUUUAUUGGGUGUUUGGGAGUCAGAUAUGUAACAUUCCAAACACUUUAGUUAGCAUCGUCAAUAUAUCUAAAAUAUUCUAUUUUUCUUUUUAUUUUUUUGGGCAAAAUUAAAGUUGACAAGUAUGACUAUAAUCAAAAUUGCAUCUUGCUGGCAAAAAUGUUACCAACCUUUACUAGGGAUGCUACUCUUUUAUGAACAAA